AUGGUCAAAGUCCUCAUCUCCCUCAGCGUGUUGGCCGCUGCCGCUACGGCUGGCUCCGUCACGGAACUCCCCGAGUCUGUGACCAAGCUCAUCGACUACUCCAUCAACCCCUGCGACGACUUUUACCAAUACGCGUGUGGCGCGUGGUACAAGGAUGCUGUGAUACCCCCGGACAGUCACAGUAUCGAUCCGUCGUUCACCAAGAUCUACGUCCAAAACGAAGCCGUCUUGAAGAAGAUUUUAUCUGACAACAAGCCCAAGCUUGGCGAGUUUUACAACUCCUGUUUGGACACGGUUACUCUAUCGUCGCUCGGCCUGACUCCCCUCGAGGACUCGUUCAAAGCCAUUCGGUCGGCCAACACCACGUUGGACCUCCUCAUCGUGGCUGGUGAAUUGGUCAAGAACGGCAUCUCUGCCUUCGUGGACAUCGUCUCCAGAGCUGACGACAACGAUUCGACCAAGAACGCCCUCUUCGCCAAACUUCAUUUUCCGUUUUGCUCUACGAUGGUCAAAGUCCUCAUCGCCCUCAGCGUGUUGGCCGCUGCCGCUACGGCUGGCUCCGUCACGGAACUCCCCGAGUCUGUGACCAAGCUCAUCGACUACUCCAUCAACCCCUGCGACGACUUUUACCAAUACGCGUGUGGCGCGUGGUACAAGGAUGCUGUGAUACCCCCGGACAGUCACAGUAUCGAUCCGUCGUUCACCAAGAUCUACGUCCAAAACGAAGCCGUCUUGAAGAAGAUUUUAUCUGACAACAAGCCCAAGCUUGGCGAGUUUUACAACUCCUGUUUGGACACGGUUACUCUAUCGUCGCUCGGCCUGACUCCCCUCGAGGACUCGUUCAAAGCCAUUCGGUCGGCCAACACCACGUUGGACCUCCUCAUCGUGGCUGGUGAAUUGGUCAAGAACGGCAUCUCUGCCUUCGUGGACAUCGUCUCCAGAGCUGACGACAACGAUUCGACCAAGAACGCCCUCUUCGGUUACCCAGCCUCCCUGACGCUGCGUCGCACAUACUACACCAUCCCUUCCGAGUGGGAGAUCGUCGAAGCCGACUACAAGGUGUACAUUGCGUCGGUGUUGCAGCUAGCUGGCUACACUGCUGAGAAAGCGGCGGCUGCCGUGCCGUUGAUCAUCCGGUUCGAGCAAACACUGGCCGGUCUCGCCCUCAGCGAGCUCGAGGAGAAGGACGCCGAUGUGCCUCAGUAUACUGCGUUUACGUACUCCCAACUGGACCAGAAAUACCCUCUGCUUGUGGGCUCGUGGCUCAAAGCCCACGGCUUCGACAUCUACGACCAGUGGGGUGGGUCGAAUGACUGGGUGGGGUUUAAGGACUUGACCUACUUUGACAAGACCGAAGAGUUGCUGAAGAAUACGACGCUGGACAACCUCCGCACCAUCGUGGAGUACAAGCUCAUCCAUGCCUCGUCGAACCACUUGACCCCUGAAUUCCGCACGGCCAACUGGAACUUCAUCGGCAAGAAGAUCUAUAAAGAAAAGGCGGAACCUUCUCGUGAAAAGUUCUGCAGGGAUGACACGGAGGACAAUUUGGGGGAGAUCUUGGGUCAGUAUUUCUUAGACGAGGUGUUCUCGGCUGAUGCGGCCAAGACGGCUGACGAAUUGGUCAAGGCCUUGAGGUCGUCCUUCUCCACUGGUAUUGCCACCGCCGACUGGUUGGACAACUCAACCCGCGCCACCGCGCAAACGAAGCUAUCCAAUUUUGUACACUUUUUGGGUGGCCCGGAGAAGCCGCAGCUGUACCCCACGCUGACGUUCGACUCGAAGUCGUAUUUGAAGAACCGGUGGAAGGUGUCUCAAGUGAAAAUCGACACCAACUUAAAGCUGAACGGUCAAUCUGUGGACAGGCGCAAGUUCGACCUCUACUCCCAUCACGUGAACGCGUAUUUCAGCCACGGCAAGAACCAAAUUGUGUUCCCGGCCGGCAUUUUGCAAAAACCAUUCUUUGACGGCCAGUUUGACGCCGCCCAGAACUUUGGUGCCAUCGGGAUGAUCAUCGGACACGAAAUUACCCACGGGUUCGACAACAAAGGCCGCACUUUCGAUAGCCAUGGCAACUUGAAACAGUGGUGGUCGAACGCCACCAACGAUGCGUUCACGACGAAAGCCCAGUGCAUUAGCGAUCAAUACUCCAACUUUGUCGUCAAGAGCGAAGUGAAUGGCACUGUAUUGGGCAACGUCAGCGGCAAGAUCACUUUGGGCGAAAACAUUGCGGACAACGGAGGGCUGAAGACUAGUUUUCGCGCGUACCACGAGUACUUAAGGGAGUUCCCGUCGCAGUACACGGAAGAAGCAGGCAACAAGUUGUUCUACUUGUCGUUCGCCCAAGCCUGGUGCUCCAAGAACACGGAUACCUACCUCCGCGCGACUUUUAAGUCGAAGUACCCGCCCGAACGGUUUCGCGUGACAGGGGCGUUGCAAAACAACGCUGAGUUUGCCCGUGUUUUCCAGUGCCCCACCGACUCGAACUUGAACCCGUCCAAGAAGUGCUUGUUGUGGGAAUAG